AGCUGUCAAGUUCAGUUUACCUUUCUGGAUGCAUGUGGCUAUGGCUUCAGUUGUGUGCCAUUGUUUCUGCUCUGUUUUCUGGCCUUAAAUUUUACGCGUUCUAACUUUACACGGCGAGUGUGUGGUGACUAGGCGAGGAAACGAUUAGUUUCAAUAGUGCAGGAAACAGCGGCAGAAUUCUGCAAUCAAUUCCGUACCGCAUUCGAUUCGCUUCGCUGCCAUUGCCCAACUAGGCCCGGCUAUCAACACAACGCGAGAGCUGUGCAAAGAAGCUGGUGGAAGCCAAACACGCCGAACCAAUCGUCGUUUCGAUCCGAUAGCAUCGGAAGGCAGUAACGUAUCGGUUGUACCCGAAUAAAAACUUGACCAGUUCCGGGGAGGAUUGCGCCGCGGGCAGAGCACGCCAGAUAUUACAGCAGAACGGCUAGAUUUGUCGUGGAACCAGCUGAGCCAACAAAUGCCAAUUGAUAUUGCCUCGGCCGAAGAACGCACCAGCAUUGGAGCUUAGGUGGCAGGAAGCCAGAAUGGCACCGGAUGCGAUCGGGACGGCACUGUACAGUGACAACAAUAAUCAGCACGAGAAGCUGCAACAGAGUCCGGGUAUGAUGAACGGUUCACCGAAAACGGAAAAAUCGCGCCUGGUUCCAAAUGGCAGUGUGCCGCACGCUACCACGAAACCGCAUCCGGCGGACGAGGAUCGAUCUGCUCGACAAUCGCUCAUCAUUCUGGCGGCCAUAUUCUUCACCAGCCUGUUUGCGAUGUUGUAUGUGUACGCAAUGUUUCCCGAGCUGGAAGAGUCGGAAAAACAAUAUCUCAAGGUGCCGUUCGAUAUAGAGGAUGCGAAGCAGCUGGGACGGGUGCUCGAUCGCUACAAAGAUCUGUACACUGUGGAGGUGAUGUUUGGCAUCAUACUGGUGUACAUAUUUCUUCAAACGUUUGCCAUUCCGGGUUCGUUGUUCCUAUCGAUAUUGAGCGGCUUCCUGUACAGUUUCCCGGUCGCCCUCACACUCGUCUGCUUCUGUUCGGCGCUCGGAGCGACCCUGUGCUAUCUACUGUCGCAGCUGGUUGGCCGGCGGCUGGUAAAGUACUACUUUCCCGAGCGGGCCCACCACUGGGCAGCUCAGGUCGACCGGCACCGUGACGAUCUGCUUAGCUACAUGCUGUUCCUGCGCAUGACACCGUUCCUACCGAACUGGUUCAUCAACCUAGUCGCGCCGGUGAUCGGUGUACCGCUGUACCCGUUCGCGCUCGGCACAUUCCUUGGCGUCGCGCCACCCUCCUUCAUUGCCAUCCAGGCAGGGAAAACGCUGUACAAGAUGACCAGCUCGAGCGACGCGUUCAGCUGGGGUUCGAUCGCAAUGUUGGCCGCGUUCUCUGUCGUAGCGCUCGUGCCGGUUAUCUUUAAGCGUUACUUUAAGGCAAAGAUUGACUAGAGCGUGAGGGUUAGCGAAAGGAUUUGAUGUAUGUAUUACUGCAUUACUAAAACUGCGGGGUUGGGACAAGCUAAAUUCUUGCACGACCUGUAAAACGGGGCCUAUGCCGAUAGCUUAAUAGCUGUAGCCAAAGAGAGAGGGAGAAAAAAAACACCUAAACACAGAUACAGACAACUAAAUUAAGGUAAGGAAAACAGUGCAUGCGCGUGUGCGGGUUUUUGGUUCAACACGAGUUAUUCCUAUUAAUGCUACUGACGAUAUCAUGAUAGCCAUCCUUGCAUAGAUUGAUCACCCAAACUGCAAACCACCAACCCAUGGGGAAAUCUUGCAAAGUUUUAUUUUUCCAUGCGGAGAUAUAGUAUAGGAGGUAAGGUAUGAUUAUGAAUCGCGUUGGCAAUGAACAGGCGAGACUAGCUUACAAUCUAAACAGAGACCAGAACCGAACGGCAGUCAAAAUAUCAGCACCAUGCGUAGACCAACCAGAUCAAAUGUAGGGUUCCAAAAAGGCAAAGAACAUUACUUUCACCUUCUUCUUCUUCGUAUCUCGAAAGGUCUCCGUUUGACACUUUCUGGCUUCCUGUGUAACUUCAUGUUACCGGUAGCUUGAUGCCGGAGAUUUUACCCAGUCCUGCUGUGUGAAUGCCGAUCAUUACUACCUUGGGAUAGAAAAACUUUCAAAAUCGAUUGGUGCACGAGACCAAUUGUCUGGCACACGGUCAAGUAGCACGGGUUGUAAACCCAGACCGAGUUAUACAAAAAAUAACGGUCAAACGAGUAGUCAGACAGGUUAGUAAUUCGAGGUAAUGGUUUGGGCAAAUAAAUCCUUUGUGAAAAUGAACGCAGCAAAACCGAGACGUGGCAAUGAAGGGACAAAAAAAGCUAGUGUCGCUACUAAUUAGGAACACGAGUAAGAUAAAAUUGAACGCAACGGCAUGUGACAACAAAACAAAAAGCUCACUUUCAAACAAGUCAUUGAAAACAAGUCUAUUGGCUUUCGGCGGUGGGAUAAUAGUCACGCGCUUCGAAUUAGUGAUUAGGUAGAUGAUAAUUUAUUUCAUAGUAGCCGAUACAAAAAACUGCAACAACAAAAAAAACAUUUCUGUGGAAGUUAAGGUACGGCAGACCGGGGUGGAAAAUUGGGACAAGCGCGCAGAGAGAGAGAGACAACAGGUAUUCAAGGAUAAUUUUCCUAUGUGUCCAAAAUUAGGGAGUUGGCGUUCCCAUUUUUCAUUUCGUCGUACCAUUCGUAAUAAAUGAACCGGAUACGAUUUAACCCGUACCAAAAAGCAGAGGCAUGCUAGCAAA